CAUACAGUGUCCACUAUAUUCUAGUAGAGUAUACACACACACACUUAUAUAAACAUACACACAAUACAUUACAAUAUAUUCUUGACAGCCAGAUCCAGGUCCUACCGGAGACUCUCCCAGUGUUUGAGAUCUGGCAGUAUGUGAGAGGACCCGCAGUAAACUUUGAGACAGUGUUCUAAACUCUUGGUUGAGUAUGUAGAUUGUAGACAAUUCUAGAGUACAUCAGCUGAUACGUCAACAUUAUUGCAUGGUUUCUUCCUCCCUUUACCUCUAGUACAACUUUUCAUCUGGGAAUGAAAGGCUUAAGGUGUUGAGAACUGGACCCGGAGAUGAGAUUAAACCUGGAAAUGGAGUGGGUUCUUCCUGUUCUCUUCUCCAUCCUCAAUCUCGCCGCGGCGCAGAUCUCAUCCGACCUUGUCGUCGAGACAAUCAAGGGAAAAAUUCAAGGUUUUGAAUCUAUAUCACCACAGGGGCGGAAGGUAUCCGCCUGGUAUGGGAUACCUUUCGCCCAACCUCCGGUUGGAAAUCUUCGGUUUCGCCAUCCUCGCCCCAUAGAUCCUUGGGAGGGGGUUCUUAACACAAUGAAACUACCAAACACCUGUGUUCAAAUCCGGGACUCUAUGUUCCCAGGAUUUCCAGGUAGUGAGCAGUGGAACGCAAAUACUCCUCUUAGCGAGGAUUGUCUUUAUCUGAAUGUUGUAGUUCCGAACCCACACCCUGAGAACGCAGCUGUAAUAAUCUGGGUGUACGGAGGAGGGUUCUACUCAGGUACUGCAACCCUGGACUUGUACGAUAUGCGAACCUUCGCGUCCGAGGAGAACGUUAUCAUGGUGUCUAUACAGUACAGGGUCGCGUCCCUCGCCUUCUUGUUCUUCGACACGGAGGACGUGCCGGGGAACGCCGGGAUGUUCGACCAGCUGAUGGCCUUGCAGUGGGUCAAGGACAAUAUCAAGAGGUUCGGCGGGAAUCCCAACAAUAUCACGCUCAUGGGAGAAUCCGCCGGAGCUUGCAGUGUAGCUCUUCAUCUUCUCUCUCCUCUCUCCAGGAACCUGUUUAGUCAGGCCAUCAUGCAGUCCGCUAGUGCCACCAACCCUUGGGGAGUCAUCACGAAGGAGGAGAGUUUUAUCCGUGGACUGAGACUAGCGGAGCUCAUGAACUGUCCUCACGACAAGGCAAAUAUUCGACAAACAAUCGAUUGUCUCCGAACUGCAAAUGCAACAGACAUGGUGUAUAAAGAGUGGGGAGGGAUAACUCUAGGUCUGACAAUCGGUAUCUUUACUCCGAUAAUAGACGGAUCCUUCCUUGAUGAAAAACCCGCAGUUUCCAUGAAAAACGGAAAUUUUAAGAAAUGUAAUAUUCUCACUGGAACCAACCAAGAUGAAGGCAUGUUCUUUAUCUUUUACCAUUUACCAGACAUGUUUAAGAAGGAGGAGGACGUGUUUAUCUCCAGGGAGGACUUCAAGCGAGCCAUCACUGAGCUCAACAUCUACGCCAACCCUCAGCAGAAGAAGGCGAUCGAAUUCGAGUACACCAACUGGAUGAACCCCCAAGAUCCGAUCAAGAACAGGAUGGAGGUGGACAGGUUCACCGGGGACUGGCAGUUCACCUGUCCCGUCAUAGAGUUCGCCCAUAGAUAUGCCGAGACAGGGAACAAUGUAUACAUGUACUACUUCACGCAGAAGUCCAGUGUUUCAAAAUGGCCGGCCUGGAGUGGAGCGCUCCACGCGGAUGAAAUCCAUUUCCUGUUUGGACAACCGUUAAAUAAAACCUAUGGAUAUAAAGAUAGCGAGGUCAAACUAUCAAAAAAGAUGAUGACGUACUGGGCCAACUUUGCAAAAACAGGGAAUCCAUCUCUAUCUGCUGACAACCGAUGGACGGACGACUACUGGCCGAUGCACACUCCACUGAAGAGAGAGACCUUGCUGCUGAACGCCGACAAGACGGAGAUCAUGGAGGGGAACAGGGUCAAGAAAUGUGCCUUUUGGAGGAAAUUCCUCCCUCAACUGGCGAAUACAGCUCCACCCCCAGCACCUGGCUGUGAUGAGAGCUGCUGUAGUAGUGCUGCUGCUGUUGCAUCAGCUGCUUCUAGUCUAUUCUACUUCUCAGAAGCAGCUCUAACCAUUCAGUUACUUCUAAGGUUCUAAAAACUUAAACGAAGAAACAAAACUCUAAAUAUUAAAGUAGAGACGAAACAAGUUAAAGUUACUUUAUGCCUCAUGUCCUGCACUAGCCCUUUGUCAAGACCUCAACCAAACUUCAGGACUGCAUUCUGGGGACUUCUAUUAGGUUCGUGUAAUCAUCCGUUCAGCCUGGAGCUCAUCAACCAUCUUCAAGCUUCUUUUUCUACAUACAAG